CGGCCGCUUUGUACAUAUCCAUAGUUAUAGGAAAACUCCAAAGAUACUCACUCUGAUAAGUAAAAAAGGAGAGGAAUUCCCUCCUAAAAUGCCAUGGCCAUCCAAGCUACUAACUCCAGUGUUCGAAAGAACCCUGCCAUUGGUAGGAAUGUGGGAGCUACCACUUACAGGAAAGGAAGGAAGUAUGAGGACGGGGAGGGAUAACAAUACCAUCUCAGCCCAUCCACAAUCGGGGAUGUUAAGCAGGGGGCUCAGGGAUUUUAUGUCAUUCCAAAUCAAGAAUUCUAUAGUGAGGGCCUUAUUCUAAGGUCAUUAGAUGAAACUCUAUCUUUUAAUUGUUAAUUGUUGGAUGUCAUCCAAUAAUUGAGAGAUACGACCUUAUAUAAGGGUAAAGCCCUCACUAUAGCAUGACCAUCCCUAAUUCCAAUUGCAAUCAGGAGUUGGAUUUGCUGAACAGUUGAGGCAAAUUUUCCCAAACCCCAAAGGAAACACAAAACAAUCCCAAACCCCAAAGGAAACACAAAACAAAAGGAGCGACCAGCACCUUCUCCACUAUAAAAGCCCCUUCCAGCCGCGAGAAACUCCAUUCUUUUUAUUUUUUUCAAACUCAAUUUUAUCUCUCUCAGUAUUUUUUAUUUCUUUCUUUUCUUAUGGGUGAAUUGGAAAACCCCCUCCUCAAUGGAUUCUGGGCCGCGCAGCCAACUCCUCAUGAGCCGGCCCCCAUCGCGGACCAAUGCUUGAAACCGACCCUUAAUGCUUGCACAAGCUUCAAUCGGAAGAGAAUUGCCGACAAUGGAAUUCAGACAUCUAGUGAUGCUAAACGUGUUGCCAGAUCUGCAAAGAUGCCCCACUUGAGCAACAAGAACAGAACAUCGUCCUCCAAUACUCUUAUGAGUUCUGAACAGGAAAUUGAAUGCGGUGGGGCUUCCUUGAAGCCUGUAUCUGGAUUUCUUAAGCAGAAGCAAUUCAAGGAGGACAUUCAAUGCAGGUUGAUUAGUUGCGAUACUCGUACCAAAGGAAGGAAGAGAUCCCGGUCAUCUCUUGGAUUGCCGACGUUUAGUCUUUUAAAAGGAUCAAAGAGAUCAUCACCAGCAAAAAGAAGACCAUCAUCAAUUGAUGAUCUCCCUGAUGUGGCAUUGGUUGAAAUCCUUUGCCGACUUCCAUCAAGUAAAUUUGUCUUCCAAUGCCAGUCUGUGUCCAAGCGUUGGCGCACUGUCAUCUCAGAUCCUUAUUUUAUCGGCCGGUUUGUACAUAUCCAGAGUUAUAGGAAAACUCCAAAGAUACUCACUCUGAUAAGUAAAAAAGGAGAGGAAUUCCCUCCUAAAAUGCCAAGGCCAUCCAAGCUACUAACUCCAGUGUUCGAAAGAAUAAUGAGUUUCCACCCUUUGAUAAGAGAGCUAGUUGUGGUAGCAACGUAUAAUGACCUAGUUUUGUGUUGCGCAAGUGAGUAUUAUCAACGCAAUUACUACAUCUGCAAUGCAUACACAAGGCAAUGGGUUGCUCUUCCUCCGGCCCCAAGUCGAUGUCACGAGACUGUACAAGUGGGAUUCAUCUGCGAUAUUCCCGACUAUAAUUAUAAGAAAGACGGACAUAACAUCCAGCUUAAAGCUGAGUGUAGGUGCAAUGUUGUGCGAAUUCUUCCUCCUGAUGAAUUGGCAUAUGAUGAGAAAUGUGAUUCCUUAAAAUUAAGCGUGGAGAUCUUCUCUUCUGAGACUGGUGAAUGGAAAGAAUCAGUUGUGACUUCCCCACUACACUUCAAUUUUCAUAAACUUGAUGAUAUCUCCUUUGCAUACAAUGGGAUGUUAUAUUGGAAUAGAAAUGACUUUUUUUUUGUUGGUUUGGGUCCGUUCAACGACAAUAACAUAACUACUACUAGUAGCAGCUGUAAUGGUGAUGACGUUAUUGAUCAUAAACUUCGUUUUACUGUAUUUAAGGAGCCUCUAGACAGCCGUUUUAUAGCUGGGUGCCUAGGUGUGUUUGGUGGAUGUGUGCGGAUGUGCGACUUUAAUGUGGCUAACAAAACUCUAUAUGUUUGGGAGUUGAAAGAACGAGAUCAUGAUCGGAUGGUCGAUGCAGCUGCUGGCAAGUUGUGUGUAAGUAACCACAGGAUAUAUCACUUGGACCCAGAAACAUACCCGGAUGAUCCAAUAACGUGUACAAUGCAGGCAUUUGACCCAAAUAAUGAGGAUAUUUUGUAUCUGCGUGUGGAUGGUGAUAUUAUCAAGUGCAACAUUCGUACAAGAGAGUGGUGUAAGAUAGUUAGACAGUGUCCGGUUGCUAAUGGUUACUAUUACCGAAUUGUGCUCCCAUGGUGGCCGACUCCAGUUCCUGGACUACCAGAGCAUGCCCAUCGUGGAGGUACUAGCAGCUAGUGGAUAGCAAGAAUUGAAGUACUAGCUUUUAUUUAUUAAAGUUGGAUUCUUUGUAUUUGGUAUAUGCAGCAAUAUUGCACUUUUAUUUGGUGGUAAUUACCCAAAUAUGUUCUUUUCAGUUAUUCUUUGUGGUCAUCUGUUUUCUCCAUCUUAUUCUUAUUACACCCAGUUUAUUAAUUAAAGCAGAAAUUUUCAAGAAAACCAAGUCUCCAUGACCUGAUCUUGAUCUGCAUGCUUUAGUUUUCAGAAAUAUUAAGGUUGCAAGACUGUUUUUUCAGUGGCCUUCUGUUGAGGAGUUGCUAGUUAAGUGCCAUUUAUUUUCCUAGAAUGUUGCGGUUGCAUUCAAAGAGAGUAUUAUGUCGUCGUAUGCUUGCUUGGACUUUGUUUUUUUGGCUCUUGAUUAAUUUUCUGCAUUGGACUAGUCUCGACCUUCCGAAUUUUCCAGUUUUUACCCUUCUAGCUUUCAACAUCUCGGCCAACUCUAUGCCAA